AUGAACUUAUUAUUAUUACAGUUUUCAAAUUUAGUAUUUAUUGCUUUUGGACAAUACUCUAGGUAAUAUUUUUGAUAAAUAGAGUUUAGUUAGAAGGUGGAGAUUGGUUGCCUUAAAUAACUAGACACAGGAUCCGGAUGUUAAGAACUAUGUGUUUUAGGUGUAGAAGAUUGCAGUACUAAUCCUCCAAAAUGCGAGUAUGGUUACUUUUUAUUUACAUUGGGAUCUUCAGAUACUAAGCCACCAGAAUGUGUUUAAUGGUAAAUUAGUAAUAAAUAUCAUAGCCCUUAUUAUGAGGUUAAUAUCAAUUCAGAUUUAGUAAAUUAUUGUAUGGAUUGCUUUGAAGAUCCUUAUGGUUGGGAAUUCAGUAGGAAAUGUACUUAUGAUUAUGAAGUUGGUAAUGGUAAAAUUGGAUAAGGAACUUAUCAAAAAAUUGAAAGAGAUUAUCCUGAAUUAUUUUUUGUUGGUAAUUCAAUAAAAUUAGGAACCUGGUCUGAAACGGUGACAAGAUCAAGACAAAUGAAAUAUGCUGUCUAUAUAUGUACAGGAUGCAAAGAUUUCUGCAAAACUCCUGAUGAAAGUUCAUGCUAUGGAUUCGACCAUGAUUACAAGAAAGUUGACUAUGAUAAGAUUGGGAUAGAAUGUAUUGAGGGAUAUUAUUUUAAGAUGAAUAAAUGUGAAAGUUGCUCAAUUAAAUAUUGCAGUAAAUGCAGUAGCAUUAUUGGGUCUGGUAUUACUGAUAACUGUGAAUAAUGUUAGGAUGGUUAUAGAUGGAGUUCCUUAACUAAAAGUUGUGUUAAAUGUACUAACAAUUGUAGUCUAUGCAUCACAGAAAGUGAAUAUAACGUAGAAUAUUAAAAAUGUAAAGCUUGUUAAAGUGGAUAUAUUCCCAGUUUGGAUUUGAAGACUUGUGAAGGAUGUGAAGCAAAUUGUUUAAGAUGUGAAUAUGUUUCAAAAACUGAAACUACUAGUAUAAAAUAUCCAUCAAGAUCUUAUUUACAAGUCAAUGACAAAGAUAAGUAUGUUAAAAUGUGUAGAUAAUGUUAAUAAAGUAAUGAUAUCAUAAAUUAUGAUGGUUAAUCAUGUGUACCUACUUAGAUAAGUAAUUGUGAUAUUGGAUAUUAUAAAAUAACUCUUAAAGAAUCUGCAUUUAUGACAAGAAAUUCUAUUGAUCUUGAUUUCACACCAUAUGAUAGGGAUACAGAUUUAGAUCCUGUAAGUAUGUGUUUAUAUUGUAAAACUGAUUUUGUGUUAUCAGAAGAUGGUACUUCUUGUACUGCUGCUAUUGCUGCCAAAAAAAUAUCUAAUUGCAUAGCUCAUUAAUUUAGUGGUACUAAUUAUAUAUGCAUUAAAUGUUCAUCAGUAUUAAAUUAAUAAUAUAAUAUAGGGAUAUUCUUUAGAUACUAAACAAGGAUAAUGUUUUUUAGGAUGUAGUGAUUAAAUAGAUAAUUGUGCUUACUGUUAUUCAUAUGACAGUCCUAGUGAUGAUAUUGUAACAUAUUAUGAUGAAUCUGGUACUCAAAAAACAGGAGAUACUUAAAAAGUUUAUGCUUGUUUAAUUUGUGAUGAAGGUUAUUAUGCUGAUUUCUUUACAAAUUCUUGUUUACCUUGUCCAUCUUAUUGUUCUACUUGCUCAUAAUAUAACAAAGAUUAUAAUUUUACUAGUUAUAUAUAAUAGAGAGUUAUUGUAGACUCAUUCAAAAAGUCUAAGUACUUAACUACUAUGCUUGAAGAACCGUUUUGUUCAUUAUGUACUACUGGAUUUUCAAAAUAUGGAAAUUCUUGUGUAGGUUGUACUAAAAAUUGUGUCAUUUCAAAUCCUAGUUAAGUUGCAAAUAAUCCAUUGUCUUUCUUAUUGAAUGCUUGUGAAUAUCAAAGGAAUGGAGCUUUUUGUGGACAAUGUUUCAAUUAUUAUAGAGAUAGAUCUUUAAAUUCUGAAUUGACAGAAUGUCAAACUUGUCCUUAUAGAUGUACAGCUUGCAGAGAUAGGACUUAAGAUGAACUUAAUAGAGUUAAUUAUUAUUUUUCACCUUCAAACUCUAUAUUGUUAAAAUAUAGUAGAUUGUGUUAUGCUUUUGAUGAAAAUAUACCAUACAGUUAUAAUGUAGCAUAUGAUACUUAUUUAAAUAUGCCAAUUGAAUGUUUUUAAUUAAAUCUAUAAACUGGAAAAUGCGUUUAAAAUGCUCAAAUAGAUAUAUAGUUGUAUUGUUAAAGUGAUGAAUAUUUAUCAGAGUAUAAUAAUGUUUUAAAUGCAGAUAGAAAGAAUUAUAUAUAUAGUUUAAGUUAUUUCUAUACUACAUCAACAUCAUCAAAUUAUGCCACUAAUAUUACAUUGGAUAGUGUAGAGACUUUGACCUUUUAUAAGUCAUUAAAUAUAAAUGUUGUAACUACUCUAGUUUUAAAUGUAUAUUUAAAGAGUGGAAAAAAAGAAUGUAAUUUUGAGAAAAGUACUAAUUUUCUAUUUUAAUUCCAAAGGAAUGCUUUUUCUAUUCGAUUCUUCCAUGUUAAUAUUAUUGGACAAACAGAUUCUAAUUAAUCUCCACUAGUUUUAUAUCUUGAUGGUAUAUUAAGUAUUCCAUGGUCAGAUUAUUUGACUAUUAAAGGAAUUGAAAUUAAAGCUUUAACUACUAAUAGUACAUAUCCUUAUACAGGUUUGAAUAUUUCUUAAAAUGUAAAAACAAAAUUGAGUUUGGAAAACUUUAAAUUUACAAAAAUACAUUCAAGUACAAAAAUGGUAUUUUUGGCAGAAAAUAUUGAUAAAAUUAAUUGGAAAAAAGUUGAAUUUAGUGGUUUAAAAUCAGAUGAUAUUUUUUCACUUCCAUAUCCUUUAGAAAAUAUUGAUACUGUUUCUUAUAUUUUUGAUGAUGUUACAUUUUAUUAAUGUAAUUUUGAAAAUGCUAUUCUAUUUUCACCUAAUUCAAAUUCUAAUGUUAAAUCUAUUAAAUAGAGUAUUGGAACUUUAGGAAUGACAUUCCAAAAAUGUAAAUUAACAAAUACUGUCAUUUUUGGUGAAAAAGAAGGUUCAGCUAUAAAUAGUGGAAUAAUUAAUUUUGGAAAAGUAGUAUUUAAAUUUACUACAUUUACAAAUAGUUGGUUUGUAAAUUUAAAAUCAUAAAAUAAAACUAUUAUAAAUAAUUUAGAUAUAAUUAGAUGUAAUUUUACUGAAGGUUCAAAAUUAGUUUAAUCUAAUUCAUUUUAUUUGAAAAAUAUUUAUUCAUUAAAUAGUUCAUUUUAUACAGAAAGUCGAUUAUUUUAGAAUAGUUAUAAAGUAAUAGAUGAAUUAUAAGCAUCAAUAGCUUUAUAAUAAUAUACAUUUAACAAUGUUAAAAUAAUUAAAUCUUUAUGUUUAACUCCUGUUUGUUUUAUUAAAAUCUCAACUCCAAUUAAUAAUUAUCAAUAUUAGACAAAUAUAUCUUUGAGUGAUUUUUAUAUCGAAUAAACAAAUUCAAUGAAAUUAACAGAUAAGGAAUCAAAUUCAGUAUUUUCAGCAUUAAUUUUAUUAACUUCAGUUUAAAAAAUACAAAUUUCUAAUUUCUAAUCUUUAGACAAUCUUGGUAUAACUUAAAUAGCAGUUAAUAAAAUUUAAUCCUUUUAAUUAAUUGAUGGAGUAUAUGAUUGGAGUUAAAGUUAAUAUUAUAAUUCAUAAUUAAAUCCAACAAAUAAUAAGAUACCAACUAGUAAAGAAUGUGCUGAUAGAAAAACUGAAUUUAAAAGUUAUAAUGAACAUUUCUUAUAUAUUUCAGAUUUUGAAAUAGGAGUAAUGAUUGAAAAUGUAGUUAUGAGAAGAUUAUUAUCUAUAGAUACAAACUUUAUUUAAAUUAAAUCUUGGGAUGUUGAACAAUUUAAUACAACAAGUGAUGUAGUAAAUUAAGAUGAAGGUUUAUUUUAUCAUAAUACAACUCGUGAAAUACUCAAACUAAAAAAUAUUAAAGUAAUAGGAAAUUCUUUAGUUAUUACAGAAUCAGGAACAGCUAUUGGUUCAAUUUAUAUCCAAUCUGAAUAAGAUUAAGAUAUUAUUAUAGAAGAUUGUGAAUUCUCACAUAACCAUUUACACUCUUUAAUUAGUGAUUAAUUAACUCCAUCUUCUCCAGUUUUCAUCAUUUAAGCUCCUUUAUCUUUUCUUACUAUUAAAAAUAGUAUCUUUAAUAAUAAUAGAGCUACUAGAGUACAUAAUAGUGUAAUUUAUAUUGUAACAUAUUCUAUUGAAAUAUUCAAUUCCAAAUUUGAAAAUACAAAUAUUAGACAAAAAGAUUGGGUUUAUAGAUUGGAAGAAUAAUAAAUUGUAAAUUCUACUUCUAUUUAAAAAGAUGAGGAUUAUAUAAUUACAAUUCUUGAAUAAUUUUUUCCUAUUUAUAGUUAAGGAGGCAAUAUGUAUAUAAAAUCAGAUACUACUAAAAUUGAAAAUUCGCUUUUCGAUAAAGGUUAAGCAAUUAGAGGUUCAGGAUUAGUUAUAGAGACAAUUGAUAGUGGAAUCAUUUCUAUAAUUAAUACUCAAUUUACAAGACAAUAUAAUAGUUUAUUAAAUUAAUAUUCAUCAAAUGGAGGAUGUUUAUAUGUAGAUUCCUCUAACUCUAAAUUAUAAUUAAAUAUUGACUAAGUCAUAAUGUCAGAAUGUGUAACUAGAUUAGAUGGAGGGUGUUUAUAUUUAGAUCCUUCAACCUAUCAAUCCUCAGUUACAAUUAGUAAUUCAAAAUUUAACAACUGCAUGGGACUUAAAACAUCUGCCUUAUAUAUGCCAUUUUCUACUUCUUCUCCAAUACUACCAAGUGUUAGUAUAACUUCAUCAUCUUUUUCUUAGAAUAAUAUGAUUAAUUUCUUAAGAAAUAUUCCUGAUUUAACUUCCAUUGAUAAUGAAUAUUUAUAUACAAAAUCCUCUAUUUUAUAUUAGAGUUAUGGACGCUUUACACUAAGUUCUUCAAUAUUUAAAGAAUUUAAUUAUGUAGCUGUUAUGAAUUUAGAAGAGAUGGUUGAAGUUGAAAUAAAUGAUGUAACAGUUACAAAUAAUGUCAUUUUUAUAAACAGUAUAAUUUCUAUAACUUUAUAUGAAAUUUCAGGAGUAAUCACAUUAACAUCAACUAAGAUUUUAAGUCAUUCUUAAUAUGAUCCUCCUUCAUCUAAUAAAUGUGUAAAUAUAAAUGACUAUUAUGUAAAUUAUGAAUCUAAAAAUAUUUUAUAUGAACAAACUUGUUCAGCUGUGGAUUUUUUGGAUUCAAAUUUUAGAUCAGAUGGUUUGCCCACAAUUAUCAAUUAAAUUGGUGAUAAUAAUUAUCCAAUAUAUUUCUCUAGUUUAGAUGAUUUUUAUAAAGCUUUAACUGAUGUAUUAAAAUAUAAAGUAGAUAAAUCAAAUUAUAAUUUAUAAUUCUAACAUACAAUUUUAGAUAAUAUUAGAUUAAAUUUAGAUUUUCCAAUUUUUAUAACUUUUCCAAAUGAAGAAAACUCUAUUUUUAUUGGUUGCUAUUUAUCUACUCUUCUAGAAGGUUACACAGAUUUAUUUUCAUCUAUAACAACGGGUCUAUUUAAAUUAAAUUCAGUUACAUCAAAUUAAUAUUUAACUAUUGAAUAAAUUACAGUAGAAAAUAAUAAAUGUUUAAGAUGUAAAAAUGGAUUAAUUUAAGUCUUAAAAAUUCAUUAGGAAACAUAUCCUGUAAUUGAAAUUAAUGAUUUUCUAUGUCUAUCUAAUCAUGCUGGUUAUUAUGGUUGUUUAGUACUAACUUAUGAUAAUGAACUAAGUGAAGUUGAAUAAUCAAUACCAUUAACUGAUUAUGAAUUAUCUAAUUCUAGAAGAAUUCUAAGUGUUGUAGAUGAUUUGCUUAAAUAAAAAAAUGUGAUCAUCAUAUCAAGAUCAUAAUUUAUUGGAAACUCAGCUAAAGUUGGUGGAGGUUUAACAAUAAUAGGUUUGGAUGCUUUAAUAAUUCACUCAGAAUUUACUGAUAAUUAUGCUAGUUUAAUGGGAGGAGCACUCUAUUAUAAAAGUGUUGUCUAUAAAACUGGUUCUACUAUAUUAAAUAUUGCUGAUAAUACUGUAGAAGGAAAUGUAGCUUAAUUGGCUGGAGGUAUGUUUAUUUCAGGUGGUUCAAUUGGAAAUGUAUCUUCUAUUGAAGUUUUCUUUUAAAAUAAUGAAGGAAUAUUAAGAGGAGAUAAUCUUGAAGAAUAUCCUUAAAGUUUAACCUUAUCAAUGAAGAGUAAUGAGCUUAUGAAAACAAUUACUUUUGAGGAUUAUGAUGGUGAUGUCAAUGAAGAUGGAUUUAUUGAUAGUUCUAAAAGCACAAUCAUUGAUAUCAUCUCUUUGGAUCCAUAUCAAUUAUUCAAUUAUAAAAAUACUACAACUUAUUUAUUAUUACCAUCAGGUUAAGCUAUUAAUACAUAUAAAUAUUAUUACUCAGAUACUGAUGAAUAAGUACCAUAUGAUUGGUAAUUUAGAAUUAUUAAUUUGGAUAGAUAUAAAUAACCUAUGUCAAAUAUUCAUUCAACAGAAUCAUGUACUUUAACAGGUAGAAUUAUGGAUAUUGAUAAUUAUAAUACAAGUAAAGAAUUUUUAUCAAACUUUACAAAUUAAUAAAUAUUCUAUUAUGACUAAAAAGCAGGAGCUUUUGAUUUAGAUUCUUUAAUAGUUACUUUUGAUCCUUAUUUAGAAGAUAACCUAUAUUUGCAAUUAAGAUGUAUAUAUAUUAUUUUCUAUUAUUUUUAGUUGAAUGUACAACUAUUAAAAUUCCUGUUUAUGAAACUGUAUCACCAUUCAAAAUAUUAUCAUAUAAUCAAAAUUAUGCUCUUUAUGUUAAUGUUAAAACUUUGCCUUGCUAAUUGGGAGAAGCCUAUUAAUUAUAAAAAUGCAAAGCUUGUACAAAGAGUGAUAAAACAUAUUCUGUUAAUGAAAAAUAAACUUAAUGUUAAGCUAUGGAUAGUACUACUAUGGAUGAUGUAAGUCCUGUAGGUAUUAAAUUAAAAGAAGGCUAUUGGAGACCAGAAUUUGAUAGUGAAAUAAUUACAUAUUGUUUGAAUUUACCUUAAAAUUGUAAUGGUGGUUGGAAACCUGGUAAUCCUUCAUGUUAUACUGGCCAUAUGGGAGCAUUAUGUGAAUCUUGUGAUAUUUAUGGUGUUAGAGAUGAAUUUUAUUCCACUUCAGCCAAAUAUAAAUGUGGUCCUUGUGCUGAUACAUUAACUGUUAAUGCCAUUGUAAUUACAGCCUUAUCAUUUGUCACUCUAUUCUCAAUGAUUUUAUCUGUUAAAGGUAAUUACUAAAUGCUUGAAGAUUUUGUUAAAACUUAGAAUAGGAUUGCUAUGGGUAUUUUAGUAUCUCCAUCUCAAAGUAAUCUAGCAAUUCUUAUUAAAUUAUUUACAAACUAUUUUUAAAUUCUCUCUGCUAUAUCAACAUUCCAAAUAAACUUAAGUGAAGGUAUUACAAAUGCUACUUAAGUUAUGGGAAAUCCAACUCAAUCUAUGGCUUACUCUCUUGAUUGCUUUUUAGUUACUAUGACUAGUAUUGAAAUAUUAUACUUUAGACUUAUUUGGGCAUUACUUAUGCCUAUAAUUUACUUAGCUGUAUUUCUAUUUGGGUAUUUUUUGGCAGUUUUACUUAAAAAAGUAGAUUUUAAAGAAGGUAUUAUAUAUACUGCCUUUAUUUAUAUGUUUUUAUAUCUAUAACCUACAUUAGUUGGAGGAUUUAUUGCAUUAGCAUCUUCCAGAGAAAUAGGAGGUUUUGGAUGGGUUUAAGCAGAUGUAUUAUAUUAAUAUGAUACUGAUACUCAUUAUAUUUGGCUAGCUGGAUUUGUUGCUCCUAUGCUUAUAUGUUGGGCAUUUCUAUUUCCUUGUAUCUUUAUGUAUUUAGUAUACAAGUUAAGAAAUAAAUUGGAUGACUUUGAUAGUAGAAAAAAGUUAGGUUACUUUUAUAAUGAAUACACAAAGGAAGGUUAUCUUUGGGAAUUUGUAAAAAUAUUUGAAAAAGAGUUAAUCAUAAUUUUCCUAACAUUUUAUGAAGAUAGAGUUGUUGUUAAAGGAUUAAUUAUAUUUUUAAUUGUAUUCUUUUAUGGAGGAUUUACAAUUAAAUUCCAACCUUAUUCAAGCAAAAGACUCAAUUUUAUAGAUAGAUUAUCUACAGCUAUAUGUGCAGCUUCUCUAUGUUUGGGUGUUUUAAUUUAUUCUGCAAUUAAAGAAGAUCUAGUUUAUUUAGAAAUUAUUAUGAUUAUCAUUGUUGGUCUUAUUAAUUUUGCUUUUAUUCUUCUUAUGGUUUAUUAUUUAUUUGAAGGAUAUUUGAUUAAAUUCUAACCUUAACUUGAUAAAAUAAGAGAUGAAUUAAGAAUUCACCAUCCAGAGAUUUAAGAAAAAUAUCCUUGGAGUAGAAAAAUGCUGUUUAAUUAAGCAAAAAUGAAUGAAAAAGUUAAAAAAUUAUGGGCUACUUUGAGAUAUUAAACAAGAAGAGGAAUUCAAAGGAGAAGGAAAGAUCCAUAAGCACCUUUAUUUGUUAAUGAAAAUAGUGAUUAACCUGUAUUAAUGCCCUUCUUUGUUCCUGAAGAAAUUAAACAAUGUAUGAUAAAUUUAUAUUAUUUUAUUAGAAAAAACUAUAAAUUAAUAGGAUUCACCUAACUAUUAAAAGAUAUACCCUGAAUAAGAUGGUUUAUAAUCAGAAGAAAUCAAUUUGAAUUAACCAAAUUAAGAAUGA